AUGGGGAGCUCGCAGAUCCGGUGGAAGCAGGAACGCUCCAACAUGAUGGCCGGGGAGCUAGUAGAUCCGGUGAAAGCGACGAAGCUGUUGGUCUUCAUGUGCCUGGACUGUCCUAGCCCAUGGGGCCACUACAUUAGAUCCGGAGGUGGAGGAGCUCAACUCGCCGAAUUACGCACACAUGUGCCGACGCGGGGAGUCCGCCGACCACCAAAACCAAUGUCGCGCAACUUCCCCCGACCCCGCCUGGCUGCCGUGUCUUUAGAAUGCCGCGGAGCUCGUGCGGCUGCCUGGGCACCAGCGAUGGCGGCGAGCAGGGAGAAGACAGAGAGAAAGGACAGAGGAGAAUGA